CAAUUUCUGUUUGCACAGCGCCUGAGGAGGCGCUGGUUUGCACCUUGCGUUACCCUACAGUUACGAGGUUGUUGGAUUUGCCAAAAAGAACUUCGAUGCAGCGGCACAGCUUUUCAGCAGCUGCUGGUUUACAUUCGUGCUAAGUGAAAGUUGUAAGCACCAAACUUGGUGGUUACGAGACGCGGAUUGCUUUGGGCGUUCGAUUUCAUGAUGUCACUCAAGCGCUCGAUGGAGCCAGCUACCUGAAAUUUAUGCUGUGUGCUUAGCGUAACGACGCGACCGUCUUCGAGCUUUCAAACUACCAAAGGAUGAGAAAAUCGCAGACAUGCCCAGCUGUGCAAGUAACACCCUAACUUUCACGGCCCUGUGGACUCCUGCUGAUCCGAAGCAUGACGCUGGUCUCUACGUAAGACGUUGCCAGCAGUUCUUUCAGUCAUACGCACCUGCAUCUCGAGUGGACGUAUCUGAACCCACUAAGUUCUACAAUGGCACAUACGGUGAUCCCAUUUACCAAACUGUCUGCGUUGUACUGCUGGAUUGCAGCAUUUCAUCCGCCAAGCUUGAGCAACAUUACUUUAAGUUCACUAGACAGUGGUGCCUGGAUGGACGAGUGGAAGGGCGGCCGCGUCUUCUGCAGUGGCUUGCUCCCGAUCGCAAAGACGGUUUCCAGCGAGGUUCUGUGACGUGCGAAAGGAACAUUCAACUCUCAUUUCUUUCUUUUGGAGCAUCUAAAGGUUUGACUUCGUUUGCUCAGUGCACGACCAUCUGCCCAGGACCUAGCAGCUGCCUAGGCUAUAAAAUGGUCUGUGUUUUUAAGCAUGACGUGCGAGUUGUUUGGAUUUUCCUCACGUUGCAACAUGGACGUCAGUGCAGCAAGCCAGACAACACCUACAAGCUGGACAUUCCGUAUGAAAAUAUACGGCGUGUGAUAGUGGACGACCGCGAAGGCAAUGCAGCCACCACAGACGUCUACCUGCAUCUUUCGACUUUUCCACUCAUCUACAAGAAGUCGGAAAGGACGGCACCUCAGAAACAAGAUGGAGCUGCCGAAGAAGAAGGAAAUACUUCGAACGCGCGCAACCCCGAGUAUUUCUCGUACGAGCGAGCUAUUGAGAUUGGUUGCUUCUGCACCAACGUGAUGCCGUCCUCCAAGCUUGGAACCAACUUUGUAUUAGUGCUUGGCCUCCGUAACAAGUUUAAGGCACGCCAAAUCCUUGGUCGACUCAGCCGAAGGUGUGACAGUGGCACAAUUUUUGCGUAUACGUCCGUUAAUGUGCAUGAAGUUGGCUCCGAGAUGGAGAAAAUGCGUAAAUGGUAUGAGUCAGAUGUAACUGAUCAUGUUGGGUACAGCUGUUGCUACGCCCUCUAUGCCCUCAUGCUGCAGAGCAGUGACCUUGUGGCACAGCUAGUGCUCCUAUCUCAGCAGGACUUGCUUGAAAGCUUUUCAAAAACUCUUCUGGAGUUAGCGUCCGAGAAUGAAGCCUUGCUUGAACUGGCCUUGUUUGCAGUCAGUGCAGACAUAGAGGGCAGACACGUAGUGACUGUUCUGGAAGCGAUCAAAAUGGCUUUUCGUAAGGCCUCCCAAAGUUUUGUGCCUCAAGUGGCACCUCGCGGCUCGUGUCUUGUUCGGCGCAUAUUCUUGCUUCCAUCUCGACUCCAUUUGCUGCCUCCGUGUAUUCACCAAGAGAAUAGAGUGCUGCGCCACUUUGAGCCAGAGUUUGCUUUGAGGGUGACUAUUCGAGACGAUAACCUCCGGCCACUUUCCCACUCCCUGGCCUUCCAUCAACAGAGGGACGAAAUCGUGGAGAUCAUUGUAGGGCGAGCACUUCGCAGAGGCAUCUACAUUGGCCGCCGUCAUUUCAAACUGCUGGCGUCGUCGUGUAGUCAACUACGGGACCAUGGGGUCUGGCUGUACGCAACGGUCACACGAGGCCUGUGUCCUGAGGCCAUUCGCAAAUGGAUGGGAGACUUCAGCAACAUCGGCAGUAUCGCCAAGAAAAUGGCUCGCAUGGGUCAAUGUUUCUCAUCAACCGAGGAAUCUGUGCAAGUUCCCCUCGGCAUUGGCGCUGUCACGGAAGCAGACAAAGUCGGAGGGUGCCACCCAGUGUCUAAAAACCCAUAUGUCUUCUCUGAUGGAAUUGGCAUGAUAUCAACAUCGCUACUCCGGAAGGUUUGCCAGAAGUUGGGCAUUGUGGAUGAGCCGUCGGCCAUCCAAAUCCGCUAUGCAGGCUAUAAAGGCAUGUUGUGCUUGAACCCGUGCCUGGAUGGUGACAAGCUUGUGUUGCGGGAAAGUAUGCGCAAGUUCCCCUGCUCCACUUCUGAAGUGCUUGAGGUGAUCAAAGUCUCAGCUCCCCGCAUAGUCACCCUUAACCGACCACUGAUCACCAUCUUGGAACAGCUUGGUGUUCCUGGCCAUGCCUUCGUGAACCUCCAGCAAAACAUGGUGCUUCAGCUUGCCGAUGCACUGGUCUGCGAGGACAUUGCGCUGGACAUUCUCAGCAGCUAUGUGGAAGUGCCAUUCUUCUUCCGACAGCUUAAGAGGAGGGGCUUUCUGCUGACACAGCAUCCCUUUGUGCGCUUGCUUCUCUGCACCGUCUACAAGAGUGCUAUGGAUGGCCUGCGUACCAAGACUCGCAUUGCAGUAGCAAGCGGGGCUGGUCGCAACAUGCUGGGCGUCAUGGACGAGACCGGCCGACUUCAGUACGGCCAGGUUUUUGUUCAGUACACUGAGCUGGGUACGGAGAGCAAAGCAACUCAUGUUCUCACAGGCACUGUGCUGGUGACGAAAUGUCCAUGCCUCCAUCCCGGCGAUGUGCGCAAGUUUGAGGCAGUGGAUGUGCCAGAGCUGCGUCACAUUAGAGAUUGCAUCGUAUUUCCGGCAAAAGGACAGCGGCCACACCCAAAUGAGAUGGCUGGCUCUGAUUUGGAUGGUGAUGAGUACGUGGUGAUAUGGGACGAAGACCUGUUCUUUCCUGGAGCCAACCGCAAGCCCAUGACUUUCAGGGACCACACCGCAGCAAGUCAUUCCAUCGAUGACCUGGAAGAAGCUAUGAUCCAGUUCAUCUGCAACUACAUCAAGAAUGACAACGUUGGCGUGAUGUCCAAUGCGCACCUCGCCUGGGCCGACCAGCUCGAGGACGGCAUCUUUUCAGAGUGCUGCCUGAAGAUCGCUGACAAAAUCUCGGUGUGCCUCGACUUUGCUAAGACCGGAGCGUCCUCUCACCUCGACAAGAAGGAGAAACCGCCAUUGUACCCCGACUUCAUGGAAAAGGGCUGCCAAAAGAACACCUACCAGUCCAAGCGAAUCUUGGGCCAGCUGUACCGCCUUCAUCGGUCGUUGGAAGCUGUAGUCAGCACCGACUUUGAAAACCACUUUGUUGAAAGUGACUGUCAGAGCAAGCUGUUCGAGUUUGAAGGCUGGCAAGGCUAUCGAGACUGUGCAGAGCGGUCGCUUGCUGACUAUACGUCACGAAUGCAGAGGAUUCUCAGUCAACAUGGUAUCAGGAGUGAGGGAGAAGUGGUUGCAGGUCUUGUGAACAAGGUUUCCGACUUUAACAAGACCAACCACGAAAAGAUAAAUGUCGAAACUCUAGUUGCAAAGCAAUACCAGCACCUGGUCAAAGAGACCCGGCAGCAGUUUUUUGAGAGCGUGGAAGCUGCUUAUAAAAGCAAGGGGGCAGCUACAGACGAUGAAAAGAAGGUGGUGCUUUUGCAAGUGGCAUCUGCAUGGUACAUGGUGACAUAUGGCGGCACAGCACCCAAUGAACAGCGCUGCUGCAGCUUUCCUUGGGCCCUGGCUGAUGUUUUGCUAGAGCUCGCCAAGGCUCUCUCGUGCGACAUGGAAAUUCCCCGGACGCCUCCAAACUUCCUGCUUUCCAAGUUGAAUGUCACCUUUGCAGAAGAAUCGGCGCAAACUUCUGCAAGGGAUCUAGCCCUCGAAGUCAUCACAAAGUGGGCCGUCAAGGACGAACUGGUCAAGAACUCGAAAACAAAGCAUUCCUCCAUUUGCAAAUCCUGCUUGUCCCAUAUAUUCCAGGACUCUGUGAAAACCAUAAAGGAAAAGCAAGAAUCAAGGAUUGGAGACACCAAGGAAGCCGAAGGGGAUGUCCUUUGCAACGAUGAAUCGUUCACUGUCGGUGAGCUGGUGCUCGGAUUCCUGAGGCAUGUGUGCGGUGCGAAGGUUCAGUUUCCGCCUUGUGACGAGUGCAAAUGGUCUGUUUCGAUGACUCGAACGAUCACCAUGGCUGCUGUGAGGACGUACAGCCUGCUUGCGAUCACCAGAGACCUGUGCCACUUGGGGCUUCCCUGUGAGCCAAAACUCCAUGAGCCGGUGCAGAUAGUUCAAGAAGGGAACCCUGUUCGCAUCCAGGUGAUGCACCCCGAGUUUAUGGAACUGCUCCGUCACAGCCCAGAGGAAGUGGAAGAACUGUUGUGCGACUGGUCGGGCGUUCAGGAGGUCCACAUUCGGGGAGACGUGAGCCACGGCAGCCACUACCUGCUAGUGUCGGCCGUGGGCCGUGACUGGCAGCGCUGGUUCCUCGAGGAACUUGUGUUGCAGCCAUGGUUGGGUGAAGCCGUGGUCAAGAAGGAGAUAGAGUCGUUCCUCGAGAAGUGACCACUGGCAGGGACAGUGCAGAGUUGUGAUAUUCGCUGAGUUGCCCUGCAGGCUAGGGCUAGUCAACGAUUAUAGUCAAUGACCCAGUAAGUCACAGAAUGAGGUGAUGCUACGACAAGAACAAAGUGGAACAAAAGAAUUCUGGCUAAUUUAUCUCUCUCUAUUUUCUGUUUUGUACUCAUGAUUGCAGUACCUUACAUAGUAUGAGUUAAAUGGCGUUACUUAUUAUUGCGUUGCAUCUGAAUAAGAACAGCUGAAAGUUGACAGCAUGUUCCUUUCUCUUCGUGUCCUUUAUCAUCCAUGUCGUGCCAAACAGAGAUGUACUCUAUUUAUGAGGGGAAAUUUACACCUGUAAGAAAAAGGAAAAAAAUUAGUAUUAAGAUCAUAACGUGACCUUGGGACUUUUAAGAGCAGCCAUUGUCGAGGGGCAAAAAAGAAUGGCAAAAAAAAAUAUUUACGAAAAGAAGUCUAGUUAUAAUAUCGUAAGUACGGUACUUGCUCCCAGUACAGCACAUUUGCUAUCAUGGACGGCUUACUGGAGGGAACUCUGGCAUUCAGGCCUGUAAUAGUUGUUCUGGCAUUUUACACGGGAUGCGUCAAUGAUCUGCAGUACUUUUGGCUCAUUUUUGGCCCUAUGGAGCAGUUGAAAAUCUUCUCAAAAGCUGCCAUUAGGCAUUUCGUGUAGCUUCCAGCUGUAUAAGUAAUCUAGAUAUACUGAAUUGUUUCAAAAACUGCACUGAAAACAUGGGCUCAAGAAAACUUCGUGCCCCUGCCUCUUUGGUGCCAUGUUCUCUAUAGAUGCUGUUUGCAAGUUAAUCACUGCCAUGUUAUUCCAACUCGCCUUUUAAUCCUUUCAGGGUUGAUUUUUUUCGCCAUGUGGGACGGCCCAGGGUCGAUUUUUUUUAUUGCAGAUUCCAAUUCUUCUGAGGGACCUAUUUAAAAAAAAAACGUAAUUUUUCUAGGGUAACCGUAAAGUGAGACAAAAAUAUUUCGCAUUGGUAUUUAUGUACUCUUUAUUCAUGAAUAAGAACAAUAAAACAGGGAAAUAAACUUAUAAGAAUUAAAAAUUUGAUGCAUUCUUAUAGUUCAAGGCUUAGAAUAUGCGCACACGAGAAUAUUUCUCAAGUCCCAAAUGUUCCUGCUCUUACACUAAUAUUUACGUCCAUAGCGUAAUGGAACUGCAUAGGUGAGCGCACUCAAGAAAACUGUCAUUGUGUGCCCGUCAAAAAAGCAAAAUGUGUGACAAACUUCCGCUAAUCUUCAUCUUAUCGCCAACCAGAGGCAAUCAGAUAUCGCGAGUCUCCCCCAAAAAACAAAAGAAAAGGAAACGCAUGCAUGGAGGCAUCAUUCCUAUGCCCACCCCUGUGAGCACUAAAUGAGUGAGAAUCAGGCGGCUGCCCUUUGAGCGAUUAGUAACUAGAUAGCCAUCAGUUUCACAAUCGCAAGAAGCGGAAACUGCCCGCGGAACAAAACCCAAACCACUGUGCACCCACGCGUGCGCCAAUUCGCGAGCAGUAAUGUAUAGACACACCGUAGCAAACUAGCUCUAAAACAAACCAUGCAGCGAAAAACGAGAGAGGGAGGCGCGCAAAAAAAAUUCCCUGUAUUCCCACAUAGUGGCGGCACAUGAUGGAAAAGAAAAAGCUAGGAAAUAGGUACGCUUUUUAAACGUACAGACGACACCGUAAAUAUACGGCAUCGACCAUUUCGGACUUGUUGGUGUCGGCGUAUAUUUACGUGAUUGACCCUGAAAGAGUUAAAGCAUUGCACAUCAGAGAAAACUUGCACCCUGUUCUAGCCUAUUUUUAAUUUUUAGUUUCCAAUUAAUUUUGAUGGUCUCAUUUGUUUUCGGUUAAAAACCAUCGCUUUAAUUUGUGUGCAAUGAACUGCUAAUGGCUUGAAAGAUAUUUAAAAGCCUUAUGUUAUCUUUUGUGCAAUUUUCUUUCGUGGGCCUUUAGAAAUUUGGCAUGUUCUCUGAUGAUCUGAAACUUUUGAUUUGUGAAGUGCUUUACUUUAGUUGCUUGCUUUCUUUAGAGCACUUUGUUGUUCUCAUAUCUACCGUUUCACCUCUAGAAAUUUAUAAAUUAUAGUGAAACUUUUCUAUAAAGAUACUCGUGCUUAUCUUCUUGUAACCUGCAUUUCCUGCAAGUGCCUUGCCAAAGAAAUGCAGCGUUUCUUGAUGGCCCAUGUUGUAAUAUGUCUGAUUUUGUUGCAAUACCUCCAAGAUUUCUGAUUUUUAUACUUGUGUGAGUCAUUGUGCCCAUUCUGUUAUGUUGGCCAUUAGGGAGAUGGACAAUUUUCUUUAUGCAUGGUUUGGUUCCUCACGGUUUAAGAGAAACAAUAUAGUUAGGCUUUUUGGCCUUAGUGCCUUGCCAAAGAAAUGCAGCGUUUCUUGAUGGCCCAUGUUGUAAUAUGUCUGAUUUUGUUGCAAUAUCUCCGUGAUUUCUCAUUUUUAUACUUGUGUGAGUCAUUGUGCCCAUUCUGUUAUGUUGGCCAUUAGGGAGAUGGACAAUUUUCUUUAUGCAUGGUUUGGUUCCUCACGGUUUAAAAGAAACAAUAUAGUUAGGCUUUUUGGCCUUGGGCCUGGUGA